AUGAAAAUUCUUGAAGAAAAUCCAUUUGCACGCUUUCUAAGAAAGUUAAAAGACUAUCCUUCCUUGGAUAACCUUCAAGUAUGCAUAAAGAAGGAUGCUAGCUUGGAUCAAAGAGUCUACAACUCCCCUACAGCUGACCAAGUUGCUGCUAUAUGGAUAGAGGGGAAUGAUCCUAGCGAAAAUGUUCAAAGAGACAUCAUAGUCCAUGCCCAUUCCGGUGCUCCAUAUCGUGUAAAGCACUACUAUGGAUGCUAUGACCCACUACAAUACCCUAUUCUCUUCCCAGGUGGAGAGAUAGGUUGGCACCAAAACAUAAAGAAGACAAAUGAUGUGGUCAAGGGAACUGUUCGUCAAGAUACUGACCCAAAUGAGAUUAAUCCAAAUUUUGGCUCCCUCGAGGAUAUUUUCAAUCAAGAGCAAGAAGAACUUAGUGAUGACACUGUCGGUAAAGUUUCUUGCCGACAAUACUAUUGCUACAAAUUGCAAGUCAGACAGCCAAAACAAUCAAUUCUACUGCUUGCUCGACGGUUACUACAACAAUAUGCAGUUGAGAGGUGCAUUAAACUUGAAACAACUCGCUUGGACUUCUAUAGAAGAAAACAAGGUGAAAUAAGGGCCGAGUUGUAUCAAGGAAUAGUUGAUUCAGUCAUGGCUGGAGAAACUAGCGGCAACCAAGUUGGCCAACGAAUCGUUCUCCCAAUAUUAUUCAUUGGUGGUCCAAGAGAUAUGCGCCGAAGGUAUUUAGAUGCAAUGGCAUUAGUUGAAAGAUUUGGAAAACCAGAUCUUUUCAUUACUAUGACUUGCAAUCCCGAGUGGCAAGAAAUCCAGGAAAAUUUAUUUGAAGGCCAAACUACACAAGAUCGUCCUGAUUGGGUUGCUAGAGUAUUUCGAGCAAAAUUGCAAGAUCUAAAAGAUCAACUGUUCAAGAAAGAGAUAUUCGGAAAGGCAGCUGCCCAAGUUCAUGUAAUUGAAUUCCAAAAGAGAGGAUUGCCACAUGCACACAUGUUGAUUAUAUUAAAACCGGAUUACAAAAUCACUAGCCCUGAUCAAUUUGACAAGUUUGUAUGUGCAGAACUGCCUGACAAAGACAGAUACCCCCAUUUAUAUGAAUUGGUGGUAAAGCAUAUGAUUCAUGGCCCAUGUGGAGCUUUAAAGAAGAACAAUGCUUGUAUGGUGAAUGGAAAAUGCAAGAGAAGGUUUGACCACCAAAAAGUACAUGUUCAGAAGGCUACAUUGGAUGAUAGAUGGGUGGCUCCUUACAACCCAUAUCUUUUGACAAGGUACAAUUGCCAUAUCAAUGUGGAAAUAUGUUCUGGUAUACGAGCAGUUAAAUACCUUUACAAAUACAUCUACAAAGGUCAUGAUAGAGUCGCUGUGUACAUAGCACACCCUGAUGGUAAGGCUAUGGUAGAUGAAAUUCAACUCUUUCAAGAUGCAAGAUGGGUUUCAGCUUAG